AUGUUGCAAGGACUGCGCAAGACCAUCGGCCGCUACACGCCCGUGGGCGGCGGGAAGGAGACGCCAGCGGAGGGGGCAGCGCGGCGGGCGGUGCUGAGAGAGGACGCGCCGCGCUUGGAGGCGGCAGUGUGGCACUUUGAUCACCACGAGCGAGCACUGCAGCGACUGGAGCGCGAGAUGAGUCAGAUGCUGGACCAGUUCCAGGCUGCGUUUGCGUCGCUGGCGGCCGUGACGGAAACGUUCUUUGAAACCUGCAGUGAAAGCGACGAAAAGAGGUGUAGCGAUGACUUGAAAUCGGUCAUGAAGGAGAUUGAUCUGGAAGAUGUCAAGAACAUGGAGCGUUCGUUUCGGUUUACCGUCAUGAAUCCGCUGUACGCCAAACUGGAGCAGUAUGACCGCAUUAAGAAGGAAAUACACGUGUGGGAGAAACUUGCAGCGCAGUCGAAAACGCUUCGUGCGCCGAGUCUGAAACUGCACUCGCGUCGACUUGAAGAUCAUGAAAAGCGAGUGCUGGCGGAACGGAAUGUUUACAGAGUCGCUGCAUUGCUGCAGGAAGUCGAGACAACGUUGUUGCUGCGCUUGGAGGACGCGAAUCAGUCGGCGGCCGCAAGUACAGUGGACCUGUUCCAUGCAACGCGUUUUCAAUGUGCAGUAUUCUUCCGAACCGUCGAUCAAUUGGUCCAGUCGAGCCUGUCACCAUCCGAACAGGAAGCUGUAGCGGACGCGAACGGUGCCUUUCCAUUGCCCGCUACUACGUGGUACAACAUGCCCACGGAAUUGUUGUUGUCAAAGAUUAGCAAGAUGUCGUAUUCAGCGUCCGACGGGUGGACCGAAGUGGACGGGUCAAACUCCUCCUGUGCGCCAGACGGGGUUGAAGCGAUUUUAGGAAGUGACGAGGAUGACGAGAGCGACGCUUCCUCGUUUUCUCUAGAGGACUAUGAGCCUGGACCUGUUUCCCGCGUUUGCGCAGCAUCGGCAUACGGUGUGCAAGGAGACAGAUAUGCGGAUCCGUUAAAGUUCCGCACGCUGGCUUCGUGUCACGGUGUUAUCGACUACAACGAAGGGGGAGAAAGAGGGCCGAGUGUUAAUGAUAUGCAGUCUGCUAGUCACCGGCGCUCAACGUCUCCGUUGCCGCAGUCAGUGAGUCCGAAGCCGAUCACGCCCCGAAAAAGCAGCAGCAUGCUCUCGUCCAUUCGUGAAACAAUCCGAGGUAAGCUUAGUUACGCCAGCGGUGAAACGAGGGUGAUUCGGCAGAGUUCUGCGCCAACGAUCGAGACGUCAGCACGCAACGGCCGGAGUGUUGUCGCUUCACCGAGAAAGAAUGGCGAGCAGCUUGUUACUAUUCCCCAGUUGCCUUCGGAGUGGCUGGCCGUCGAGUAUUGUUUGUGGGAAAUAGACGUGAGAAGAAGCAAAUGCGUGGGGAAAUCGCUUUUGCAGGUCGAUGCAAUCAGCUCGGGCGCGAACGAUGUUCUAUCCAGACUACUCCAAAAGGGGGAGAGCCUGUGCUUUGAAUGUCUGUCGUACUUACGCGUUGAAGAUCUCGCGCGACUGUCCAAGGUCAACUUUCGGCUUCGCUCUCGCUUGGUAGACAGCGCUCCAAUCUGGAAAAGAUGUAUCAGGUCAGGCGGUAUAUCCCCAGGAAUCCGCAGUUCGCUCUGGCUCUCAGUAUUUUACGGGUCCACGCCGUGGCGGUCCAGCGGAUUUGGAUCGUAUUACCUGUCCGCCGGCAGACGCCGCAGUACGUAUGAGCUACUUCUAAAGAAAGUGGACUCGAAGCUGGACGGCGGGUGUUCUGCAGACGGGUCACCAAUGGGUGAAGAUGACACGCAGCUCGCAGUCUGGUUCCGAGAAAUUGACGUCGAUGUUGUGCGCACGUGUCAUCGAAGCAAUCAUGCCGAAGUUGCGUUGCGUCCAUUUCCAUCGAUGACAACUGCAGCUACUGACAAGACUGAUGAAGAUACAGUUGAAUCUGUAUUGAACGACAUGAUAAACGACGUUGUCAGGACUGAGGAACGAAGCACUUGUUUGAGCAUUGAUUUGCGUGUGGACUCUAGCACAUGCGUUUCGAUUGCCGACGCAAGAAGGUCAGAUUUGGAAGCAAAGAUGCGGCGCGUGCUUCGUGCGUAUGCCGUGUACAACCCCCGGGUAGGCUACUGUCAAGGAAUGGGUUUCUUGGUCCGCUUGCUGGCAGAAGUAGCGGACAACGAAGCCGACAUUUUCUGGCUGUUUGUUGGAAUUUCCGAGCCGGAGAACAACCAGAACCUCUAUGAGCCCGGAAUGGUGGUUCUACAACCUUAUCUAGCGAAGUUUGAGCUGCUCUUUUCGACUCACAUGCCAAGAUUGUACUCGCACUUUCAAGCCGAGGGUGUGCACGUGGCUACUUUCUGUACUCGGUGGUUCCUGACGUUCUUCUCGUCCUUUGAGACGCUAGCACCGACGCUUGUGAUACGCCUGCUGGACAUUUUCAUCAUUGACGGCUGGCGAAUCAUGUUUAGUGUCUCGCUUGUCAUUUUGAAUGAGCUGCAGCAGCAGCUGCUGAAGAAUGAUAUGGAGGGAAUUUUGCGCAUCUUGCAAUUUCCACGCAGGUUCAUGCCAGAAGCUGACCAGCUCCGCCAGCAACAGCUUGUUCGGCAAGCAUUGGCGUUCAGUAUGUCCCGCACGAUCAACUCGGCCUGA